AUCGUGAAACAGCACGCAAGUGUUUUAGUUUCUUUUUCGUUCCGUGAAUUCCUUUCUCGUACGCUGCUGUGAAGCUAUUCCCGCUGUGUUUCUAACGAAAAAGUGCAGCUCACAUUUGCAAUAACGAUAGUGCUCCUUAGUACAUUGGAAUCAUGGGAAAUAUGAUGUUUAUGUUUCCCCAAGAUAUUAAAACCGCAAGACCAUUCAAUUCGAAUGGAGAACUGCCAAAAAGGUGUGCCUCUCGGUAUCCUGAAUACGAAGACUUCCGGAUGCGGCUGACAUCGCUCAAUAUCAUCGAACAGCCUCAGUGGAAUCCAGUGGAAAUACGACUCCUUGCACUGGAGGGAUUCUUCAAUCCUGCAUUGGAUGAUUAUCAACCGGGCAUUUCGAAGCUGAAAUGCUUCUGCUGUGGGCUAGUUGCCAACACGGUAGGCAACACCAACCAGCUGUACCAGAUUCAUGCCAGAAACGAUGGACCUCCGGAUGGGGAUUGCGGAUACUUGGAGUACGUGAUGGGCAGUGAGACUUGUUUCGAUAAGGGUGGUGGAGAAGGCGGAUGGCAAUCGUGCAUGAGUUGUAGGCUGUGUUCGUGGGAGUUUCAGAUGGAAUCAUGAAUCUUUUAGGUAUCGCAAUAGAAGUAUACCACUGAGCGCCAGAGGCGUUUCGACUGUGAUUCAGAUUUUUUAACCGUAUUGUCAAAUAGAUUGCGUUAAUAUUAUGUCAAGGUAAGACCAGUGACGGAAAUAAAAUAUCUUGUCGCAAUAA